AUGAUCAACGGAUUCCAUAAUGGAGGUCCGUGCCUCGCGGAUCCAAUGGCGAACGAGGAAGAUACAUUCUUGUUUACGUCUGAGUCCGUUGGAGAAGGACAUCCGGAUAAAAUGUGCGAUCAAAUUAGUGACGCAAUAUUGGAUGCCCAUUUAGCAGUCGACCCAAAUGCUAAGGUUGCCUGCGAAUGUGUGACGAAGACUGGGAUGAUUCUUGUUUGUGGAGAAAUAACGUCAACUGCCAACGUCGACUACUCAAGAAUUGUUCGAGAUACGGUGACAAAGAUCGGUUUUGACGAUUCCCGCAAAGGAUUUGAUGGCGCGACGUGUUCAGUGAUGUUAUUAUUAGAUGGUCAAAGUCCGGAAAUUGAAGCUGGAGUGCAUUUGAACAAAUCCUUCGAAGACAUCGGGGCUGGGGAUCAAGGAUUAAUGUUCGGUUAUGCUACUGAUGAGACUGAAGAAUGCAUGCCGCUGACGAUCAUCCUUGCUCAUAAACUUAACAAGAAGCUGGCGGAAUUGAGGCAUAAUGGUACUUUUUGGUGGGCUCGGCCAGACAGCAAAACUCAAGUAACUUGCGAGUAUCGCUCUGAGGAAGGUGCAACUAUACCCACUCGAAUACAUACUGUGGUUGUGUCGAUCCAGCAUUCGCCCGAUAUCUCGCUGGAACAGCUUCGAGAAGAGGUCAUGGAAAAAGUGAUCAAGGUUGUGUUGCCGUGCGAAUAUUUGGAUGACGCAACAGUCUACCACAUUAACCCAUGCGGCAAUUUCAUCAUUGGCGGACCACUCGGUGACGCUGGCUUGACGGGAAGGAAGAUCAUUGUGGACACUUAUGGUGGAUGGGGUGCGCAUGGAGGUGGAGCAUUCUCCGGCAAAGAUCCUUCGAAAGUCGACCGAUCUGGAGCUUAUGCCGCUAGAUGGGUGGCGAAGUCUCUUGUGAAAGCAGGACUAUGUCGUCGAUGCCUGGUGCAGGUUUCUUACGCUAUUGGCGUUUCGGAGCCGCUGUCUAUUUCAGUCUUCAGUUAUGGAACAUCGAAACUUCCCCAGCAUGAAUUGCUUGAUAUUGUCAAAGCAAACUUUGACUUGCGCCCCGGGAAAAUCAUAAAAGAUCUGAACUUGAAACAACCCAUAUAUCAAAUGACCAGUACUUAUGGUCAUUUUGGAAGGGAUAUUUUCCCUUGGGAAGUUCCAAAGAAAUUGAAGAUGUGA